AUGAAUUUUGUGAAAUUGAACGUGUAUACUGUGUAUGUUAUGUUUGAUGAACUGUUGAAUGCACACUCGUGUAUUGUUUACUAGUUUGUAAAAAGUUGAAGAAAAACUUUAUGAAUAUGUAUGACAUUUGUCAUCCAAGUUAUUAUGCUAUUGAACAACUUGGCUGCAAAGACAAAUUGAAAAUCACAACGGCAUUUCAUGUUUAUAUUGAGUUAUGUGAACAACGAAAAUUUUAUAAUGUUGUAUACAAAUACGAACCUGAGUUGGAUUUAAUCUAUUUUAUCGCAAAAGUAACACAACAUGGAGAAGAUGAAAUUUAUGUUCCGUGGUCUUCAAAAAAUGAUAUGAAGCUUAGAGAGCUUCAAAAAAUUCAAGAAAAGUUAAAUAAUAAAAGUUUAAUGAUUGUAAUUAAGAGUGGUGAGACUAUCAGUCUGCUUUACAGAGUUAGUCAAGGUUUAAUGAAACCACCAACACCGCAGAUGAGCAUUGAAAAGAAACAAGCAAACAUAAAGAGAAUGAAAUUGGCUAGAAAGAUAAAUAAAAAUAGCCGUAAUUUAUAUGAAUUAGCAAAGUCACAAAGUGACGCAGAAAAAUCAAAAUAGUAUUUUUUUUAUUGUUACUAUAUCACAAUAAAUUAUGUUUCUUAUAAUAUAUAAAUAUAAUAUAUGUAUAUAUGUAAUCUAUAUUGCUAUAUUGCGAAUCAUAUUUGAAAUUUAUGAGAUUUUUUUGAAUCAAUUAUACUUAUAUAUACGCCAAAAGCUUUUUUAACAUGACCAGUAUUUUAGUGAAUACUUGACAGUAAAUAUUAUUAUAAAUGGGAUUGAACUUAAAACAGCCUAUAAAUGUUAAUACACUCAUCUAAGACUAAAUCCUUUUUUACAGACACUUAUAUUGUUGAUAAUAUAAAUGAAAAUAAAUAGAAUU